AUGGUUCAAACAAUAAACUCAGUCUCAGUGGAAAAGAAUUACAAAAAUGUGCAAAAAAUGUUUCAAUUGGCUGCUGCUUUACAAUUGACGUCAUAUUUAUGGCCAGUUCCAUUACCUAUUCAAAAUGGAACACAUUAUGAUUAUAUAAUCGUCGGUGGAGGGACUGCUGGAUGUGUGGUUGCCAGUAGACUCCUUGAAAUGUCUAACGUCAGUGUCUUGCUUAUCGAGGCAGGUGGCAAUCCACCCUUGGAAUCUAUUUACACAAAAUAUUUUGCACAUAUGAAGCAUACACCGGUUGAUUGGAAUUUAACUGCAAGUAGAGAGCGAUGGACAUCAAACCAUCCAUUCAGUAGACCUGAUAUAGUCCAGGGAAGAAUGCUGGGCGGCUCAAGCAGUCUCAACCAUUUGAUUUAUGGACAAGGUAAUCCUGCUGAUUAUGACGGUUGGGCAUCAAUUACCGAUGAUCCUUCAUGGUCAUUCAAAGCCAUACAUCAUUAUUUUAUCAAAAGUGAAAAAAUUGCUGACAGGAAAAUUCUUACCUCUAUUGAUGAUAAAAAUAUGCACGGGACUACAGGGAAAAUGAAACUAAGAAAAUUCUACUUUGAAAAUAGUGAAAAAUAUCUUAGAGCCUUUAAAGAAAUGGGUAACAAGAUAGUGCGGAGUAUUAAUGCUAAACAUCCUCUAGGAUUUUCUCCUGCUUUGUUUACUUGUGGUAAAAGAGUCCGGCAAAGUACAGCGUAUUCAUUUUUGAGACCUGAGAAGUACAAUCCCAAUUUGAAUGUACUGACAAACACUAUGGUCAGAAAAGUUAUAUUUGAUGAGUUUCAUAACGCUAUUGGUGUUGAAGUGAUUAGUAAAGAUAAACGUGUCUUACAUGUAGAAGCACACAAAGAAGUCAUAGUUACGGCAGGAGUUUUUAAAACACCACAGUUGUUGAUGCUUUCUGGUAUUGGUCCAAGGAAACAUUUGAAGGACAAAAAUAUUAAGCUUGUUGCAGAUCUUCCAGUAGGUAAAAAUUUACAAGACCAUCCAAUCUGCGUCUCAGUUUUCAAAACGGGUCUGAAAAAGUUGCCAGAUGACAUCCCAAGUCCUUACAAAAUCGAUUUUCCUCAAUUACAUGGUUAUGUAUCGCUUAAUGAUUUUGAAACGAUUCCUACAUAUGAAAUACGUGGUAUGAUUCUUGAUGAUCCAGCAACUUUUUUAGAACUUUGUAUCAUGUCUUUGAAUUUUAAAUACACUUUGUGUGACGACCUAGUAAAAAGUGCCGCUAACCAUGAAAUCUUUUUAGUACUUAAUCAUCUUUCAUAUCCAAAAUCUCGAGGAGAAGUCCGUCUUGGUAUAAAGAACAUUAACGAGCCACCUAUCGUCAAACUAGGCUUCUACCGAAAUGAAAAGGACUUAGAACUUCAUGCUAAAUCUCUUAUGAAUUUCAAUCGUAUAUUAAAUACCUCGUAUUUUUGGAAUAAUAAAGCGCAAAUAUUAGAGCCCCCUAUAGGUUGCGGUAAAAUUAAUUUUAGCUCAUUAAAGUAUUGGCAGUGUUACUGCAAUGAAAUGGCGACCACGUUACAUAACAACGUUGGUACUUGUGCAAUGGGAACUGUAGUAGACUCCAAUUUACUUGUAAAAGGUGUCCAUCGACUCCGUAUAGCGGAUGCCAGUAUUAUGCCUACAAUUGUGUCAUCGCCAACUCAGGCAUCAGUGAUUAUGAUAGCUCAAAAAGCUUCAGAUAUGAUUAAAGAGGACUUUGUACGUCAUAGUAAAUAA